GUCCUUCAAAUGCAUGUGGCGGGCAGUAUGGGCAACAACAGCCGCUGAGUUUACCGACUGGAAUGUGAAACUGGUAGUUUGGCAGCGGGGGAGCCAAGGAGACUGUUUCCGUCGUGUGGCUCUCCAUUUAUCAUACGAAAAUGUUUUCUGUCGAGCAAAGUUGUUGGUUUAUUCGCAAGGUGAUCUGCUGGAGAGCCGCGGCCAGUGUCGCCUGGGCUGUCCUGCUCCUGCCUCCCUCCAUAGCGGUGUUUGUCAUCAUCAGCAGGGUCAGCCUCCUGCACCCCAUCCAGUGGAUAUCAGAGUGCGUGUCUCUGUUGACGAGUGCCACUGCCAUAUUCUCCUUCAUCCUGCUGUGCGGAGUGGUCCUCAUUGUCGGCUUUUUAAACCUGGAGUACUACACAGUCAUCCCAUCCAUCGCAUGCUCGAAAAUUGCCCUCCUGGGUCAGCUGCUCCACCCUCGUCAGUUUGUCAGCUCCCUGGUCCACUGCAUCCUGGGAGUCAUCGUGGCUUGGUGUUGUGCCGUCACCAUCGGGGGCAGAUAUCAGACAUUGGGCUACCCUUGUACACAGGCUGAUGGUUCCCCUCAGUUGUGCCUGAAUGAGUACCAAGUUAUCCUGCUGCUGGCGGGAGCAUUCGUUGGCUACUGCCACAGUGUGCUAGGUGUGAUCCACAACAUGAACUAUGUGUCCUUCCAUACUGUUCAGCAAUAUAAGUACCUUCGCUUCAAGGGAUCCCUACCUUUGGUUGUGAAAUGCAGCGCCAUUCAAGCACUUUACUCUGUCAGGAACUACCUUGUUGUGUAUUUCUUUUUGGGAUAUGUUCCAAGAACAUGGAUCUGUAAAACACUGAAUCUUCAACUGAACAGCUCUCUCCACCCUCUUGACACCAUCGCUGGGCUGCUGGACUUCUCCCUGCUCUACCACCUGUGGAUCAGUGGUACCUUCCUCCUCUUCACAUGGUACAUCACUCUGCUUCUGUUCAGGAUCUUCGUCACUGAGGUGUACAGUUUUCCUGUGCAGUCAUCUUUUACUGAGGAUGUCCACCAGUGUCUUCCCAAAGUCCUUACUGGCCAGCAGCCAGCAAUACUGAAGUUUUUAGCUCUGCACGACCUGGCUCUGCUGUCCCAGCACUCUCCUUCACGGCGCUCUGAGGUCUUCAGUCUUAGUCAGCCAGGUGGCCAUCCUCAUAACUGGAAUGCCAUCAGCCAGGAGUGUCUGUCUCUGCUGGCUGAUCUCACCCAGAGACUUGUAGCCCACCAUGACACUGUAGCAACCAAUGGCAGGGCCAAAUCCCUGUCUACUGGCAGUGAUAAGAAGUCUCUCUCAUCUGAGAGCUCAGUGACCUCAGGCACAGAAGAUGUGAUGACCCCCAGGCCAUCUGUUCUCAUCAAAACACCAGCUUCAGUAUUCCUCCGCUCCUCUGUUGGGAGCCCUCUGACUGUCCCGUUCACUCCUGACCUGGACAGUCCCUUCUCGUCCCCUGCCCUGCGGCGCCUCGCCGGCCCAGUGGAGCAGUGCUCGCCGUGGCAUGGAACAGUGCAGAGCCCACACAUCAUGAGGAGGGGUCCGAAACUCUGGUCCACCUCCACAGAUUCACAGGCAAAUAGUCUCCCGUCAUCCCCCGCCCCAGUACCCAGUCCGACACCAGCGGCCUCCAAACCCAGCCUCCUGGCUCAGUUCCUGCAGAACAGAAAGGAACAGGUUAAAAAUUUCUUGGCAAAGCGGGUGCUGAUAAUGUAUUUGUUAAAUAAGCUUCCAGAAGCCUCCAGCCAGGCUCUCUUUGCAGACACCCAGUCUCACAUUUGGGCAUUGGAAGGUCUGUCAUAUCUGGUCAAAGCCUCAUUCUCAGAGGACCAGUUUGGUGUCGUACAGACUACACUACCCAGCAUUCUCAGUAGCAUGCUGGUCUUACAAGAGGCAGUAGACAGACACUUCAAACUGCCUCAUGCCUCCAGCAAGCCUGUCCGCUCAACCAGCAGCAUGGAAGACUCUUCGUACAAAACACUGCGCUUCGCUCUCAGGGCCACACUUAAGACCGCCAUCUACAGGAUAACCACCACCUUCGGAGAACAUUUAAAUGCUGUUCAGAUGUCUGCCGAGCACCAAAAGAGACUGCAGCAGUUUCUGGAGUACAAGGAGUAACACAGCUGCACCACCACCUCUGUGCUCUCUCCAGCUUGGUUCGUGUGUGUGUGUGUGUGUGUGUGUGUGUGUUUGUGUGUGCGUGCAUGUGGAUUAAAAUGAGCUGACAAGUCCCAAGACCGUGAUAGUGCCUCUUUUAAUAUUUAUGUCAGCACUAUGUCAUGGAGCAUUGUAUUUGAUAGGCUAGAUCACAUCUCCCACACGCAGUGGAUGAGGGGUGGGGGAGGGGUCAUUUUAAAAUAAAGGACCAAAAAAAAAGGAGGCUAACUUGCUUAAUCCUUAUCAAAGUUUUGCUGUCAAGUUUGGCAACCAAGUUCUCAUUCUCACAAGCAAAACAGGCGUGAAAGUCCUGGAAAUCCUAGUGUUUUUAGCCACUCAGCUGCCACCUCCUCCUGGGUGUCAUGUGCAGAUAGUUUGUGUGACUUCCACUGGAUGUCAGCUGGCCUCCCUCCUGCUCGCUGCAACGAUGGCCUGCAGCAGGUUGGCACCGACUGUAAACUGCUGUCAACCCCUGCAGCUGGGAGAUGUGAACCUGCUUAACUAGAUUUUUUUUUGUCUGUGUUGUCAAGCACUCAAGAGACUCCUUAAAGUGUAACACCAGCACAUCAUACCAAGCUGGUCACAUGUGACUUUCCACUCGCUGGGAUGGGAUGUUAAGGGCUAUUUGUAUUGCAUUUAAAAAUCAUACGCGUGUGCUCUGUUUCCUACUUCAUAUGCUGUCAUCUUGUUUCAUUCUGGACUGUUUCAGAACAUCUUGCCUUGGGCUUGAUGAGUUUGAUGACUUUAUGAAGCUGUUUUCUGUAAUGAGAUCCCAGCAAUGUCAGUUUUUUUCUAAGAUGUGUUCUUUUGAAAAAAUUGUUUUCAUAAAUCUGGUUAUACGUACCAGCCCAAAGGACCUGUUUUGUGUUGGAUUGGUUCCAGACUGUAAAAGAUGUGCAGAUUAGAGGUUGUUGUUUGUACAUGUGUUUUUGUCAGGUUUGUUCAUGUGAAAUACAGCCAGAUUUUAUAAGACCUUUGUUUAUGUCAGACUUGGUGUGACUGGUAGAAGUAUGCUGAAAAACGUUAGCUCUUGCCAACAUGGAUUCGACUGAAUGCACUGGGUGGAAAAAAAAAUACAGAUAAAUGUCACUUUGAUUACAACAGCUGAAUUGAAUGCACAGUCCAGAUUUGUUUAUGCAUAUGGGCGUGAAGACUAAUUUCCUUUUCCAUAAAUCAUCCAAAAAUUGUUCACACAGGUGUUUCACUUCUGUAGACUGUAAAAUUGGCCCACACUCCUGAGCCACAUCUUAAGUUCAGUUUAACAGCACUAUGAGUGGGCUGUUGAAAGCACCAUGUGUAUGCAUUUAUAGCACAAUGUAAGAUGUAUUAUCAUGGACUGAGCCAUAAAUUAAUACCAAAUGUAAAUACAUGGUUUCCAAAGUGCUGAGCAAGAUGCAGAAAAUCAAGGAAUGAUAACAUUUGCAAAAAACGGUGUUACAAAGUGGGCAAAAUAAAAGACUUUGUAAGUA